AACCAGCAGAAAUUAAUAUUAUUACUAACAAAGAAGCUUUAAAUAGUUUGAAAAAGCUCAAAAGAAAACGGAAGGCCAAUAAUGCGGACAAACAAACACAAUCGGAUCCUUCGGAUCAAGUAUUAGCAUUGGUUCCAGCUGACGAGGUCACAUAUUCUGCUCCAGCAAAGAGACAAUAUAAUAGGAAGAGAAAACCCACUAAUAAAGGAAAAAAAAAAGUGUAUGAACAAGAAUCAGUUCCCACAAGAAACAGAGAUAAUUCAAGCAGUUCAAUAGAAGAGCUCAGAACGAUUUGGUGUCUCGUCAAUGGAGAUCCUCUUGCAGAUGCUUUUCCUGUCGACAUUUUAGAUAGCAGGACCAUUGGACAUCUUAAAGAUGCCAUUAGAAAAAAUAUUAAUGCCCCUGACAAUGUAAAAGCAAAAAAUCUCGAGAUAUGGAAAGUUAACAUUCCAUUUGAUGAAGCUGAGGAAAAUGCUAUAACACUUGAUAACAUCGAAGUUAAGCGGAAAUUGCUAAUUCCUGCAAUAAAAAUUUACAAUGUCAUUGAUGAAAUUCCUGAGUCUAAUGUCCAAUUUAUUGUUAAAAUACCUGCUGCCACUGAAGAUUAUGUUCCGUCGAAGUUGGAGUCUAAUGAUGUUGUCUUCAAGCGCCAAAAGUUACUUCAUGAGAAAGACGAAAACAUUCAAGAGAUAUGUAAGAUGCCCUGCCCGUCAACCUCCGCGUGCCCAAGGAAAUGGGAAAAAUGUAAUCAGAACCCACUGAAAAUAUUUAAUCUACGACCUCCGGAAUGCAGUGGACCACCGGUAUCUCUUUUCCACCCUGUUUUCGGUCAGUUUCUCGUCGAUUAUCGCAACUAUGUAUUAAAUGUUCCGGCCAAGCGAUAUACGCAGGUUCUAGAAUUCUGCAAUAUAGUGGGACAAAUAUAUCAAAAUGAAGGUGGCCGACAAAAUGCGCUCCGACCGUUCUUUACAUCAUUAUUUGAUGGGAUCCAACCAGUAUCUAUUGCUACUGAUAAUGGUUCCAUCGAUGAUGAUGUGCUACUUACUGAUAAUAAAGUUUUCGGAGAGAAAGCUGUCUCAAUUUUAUGGGAAUAUAAAAACGAGAUAGGUACGGGAGGAAAAGAUCCUUCAAUCCAAGGGGGGUGUGGUCAUGCAAAAUAUUGGGCUCAAUUACAGACCGUUAAGAUUCGCAAUAAUUCUUGUUGCCCAUCUAUUAUUCUUGCUAUUGCGGGGCCUUGGAUUUGCGUUCUCGGAGCUGUGUAUCUUGAGAAACCCGUAGUCGAACCACUUACUGAUUUUAUUCUCAUGAUGAAUCGUCCUGAAGAUGAUGGAAAAAGGGUGGAGGAGCUUGCGGCCGAGGCUGAAAAAAUACAAAGAUUUUUUCCGUACCGUAAUCAUUAUCAAGUUGAUGAGAACGAAGUCAAGUUUACAUACCUUUACAAAUUUACCGAAGAAUCGACGAACUUGACUUGGAAGGCAGAAAAUGACAAAGGAAAAAUCGUCAUUGUCAAGUUCACAAAGAACGAUAAUCAUCACCUUCCGGAUGAAAAUAUUCUUUAUGCUGACGAUGAAUCUUACAAGGGUUGGCGGAUAGUUAUUUCGGAGUUUAAGGUAGCCACGCAGAGUUCGAAAUCACUCGCAAGGAAACAUGGUGAUUCUGAAGAGAAUACGAGAAGAAUAAUACCUAGAGGAAGGAUGCAUAGGACGAAUAAAG